AUGGUAUCAUCAGAAGCAGUGAUUGCCAUUAUUGUAUCAAUUGUAGUAGUUUUUGCAUUGAUAUCAUUGGCAGUAUUUAUAUAUAUAUUUGUUUAUAAAAAGAGACAAAGAGAAAGUAUUUUAAAACAUACAAAAUUCCCAAUUCUGGCAAGUCCACAAAAUUUACAUAGAGAAUUAAGUUUUGGAGGAAGAUCACCAUUAAAAUUAGAUAUAUAUAUAGUUAGAAAAGAAGGAAAUGUAGUACCACAAAUAGAGGAAUCAUUCUCUGGUAAAUUAGAGACUCGUGUAGUAUGUGGUUUGCCACCGGUUCCAUCACCUCCACCUCCUCCACCACUACAUCUACGUUAUUUGGAAAUGAAAAAGGGGGUGAUUGUCUAUGGUAUCGAUCUUGGCAACGAUGGCAAGAUUCCAGAUGAUGAUUUGGUAGAAUUUAAAUCCAUUGUAAAAACCUAUCUAAACUAUCACGUCGUCUAUGCAAUCUUUUCUAGCAACAAUGCAAAUAUUCAUCAAGUCAUUCAUGAUGCUAGUAAAGAAGAUUUAUCUCUACCUCCACCAACACCACUCCCACAAUCUACCAUUGCUCUUUCUCAACCACCAAUUGAUAGUGAUGAUCAUCUUGUUUUAGAUAUUAAUAAUGAAAAAGAAAAUAAUAAUAAUAAUAAUAAUAUAAAUAAUAAUAAUAUAAAUAAUGACAAUGAUGAACAAGGUAGUAGUAGUAGUUCUGGUAGUGAUGAAGAAGAAAGAUUGGGUAAUGAACAACCACCAGUUAAAAAGUUGAUUAAAUAUAUCGUACCAACCAAUGGUAACCAAGUACAAUGGGAUCAAUGUAAUCAGUUGGUUGAAGAUUUAAAGGUAUUGAUGGUUAAAAGAAAGGUUAGACAUGGACAAUCAAGUAUUGAUUUGGUUUCUUCUUCUGGUGGUCAAAGUUAA